AUGUUUACCACUCGCUGUUAUUUGCCGUGCUUCGUAUUUAUUCUGUGGAUAUCACUCGGCCUGUUGCACAUUGGUGCAGCUGAUGAUGAUUUGAUUGUUGACAAACCCGUUACGGAAAACUGUCUGGAAUGUUUAUGCGAGGCGAAGAGCAACUGCAAUGCGACAAAGAUAUGUGUAAAUGGCGCCUGCGGCAUUUUUAGGAUCACAUGGGGCUACUGGACGGAGGGAGGAUCGCUAACGUUGCCAAAUGACACCUCAUUGUCGGAGGAGGUUUUUUCUCUGUAUUUUUUAGCGUUCACGAAUUGUGUGAAUGAUCCGAUUUGCGCCGCCGAAACGAUUCAGAAAUAUAUGUAUAAAUAUGGACAGGAUUGCAAUGGGGAUGGGCGCAUCGAUUGCUUGGACUUUGGGGCCUUACACAAGAUGGGCAAUCUGAGGUGUCAGGAUGAGUUGCCAUACACUUUUGGCCGGAUUUUCCACAAGUGCCUGAAAAGGAAGGAGCGUGAUGCCAAAUCAAAGGAAUCAUCUAUAACUAAAUAACUUGUCUUUAUUUGUUAGGGUUUUUUGUUAUUCGAAAACAAUUAAGUUGUAAUACACAUUGCUUUAGGUUUGCCAUUUGAA